AUGCUAACAUAUCUACCAACAUGUUUACUGAUACUUUUUGAACGUCAGAACACGCCCAUCUCGGUGCCCGACCUCCACCACGAUGCCCAACAGUUACUCCGGUUUGGGCAAUUAAUCGGCGAAUCUACCUCGCACCUUUACCUGUCUGCACUAUCGUUCGUGCCAGAGGGCUGUCCAAUUGAUCGUCACUUUUCGUUUGAUUUGGACAAGAGACCCAUCAUCUGCUAUGGACGAAGUAUCCACUGGCCAUCCCAGCAAGCUUCCUUGGUAGGCCAUGAUGAUUGUAUCAACUGCGCCGCUUUCUCGUCGGAUGGCAGGCGCAUUGUGUCGGGCUCGUCCGAUCGUACAAUCCGUUUGUCGGAUGCCGAGACAGGAGCACUGCUUGGGGAACCACUACGAGGGCACGAUGACUCAAUCAACUGUGUCACUUUCUCGUCCAAUGGAAAGCACGUCGUAUCGUGCUGGGGCGACCGUGCCGUUCGUUUAUCCGACGCAGAUACGGGAGUGCCAGUUGGAGAUCCACUACAAGGACAUGGAGAUUCCGUGGCCUCCGUCGCGUUUUCGCUUGAUGGAAGGCGCAUCGUGUCGGGCUCGUCCGAUUGGCACGACAAAUCGAUUACCUCCAUCGCUUUCGAAUUCUCGCCUGAUGGGAGGCGCAUUGUGUCGGGCUCGGAAGAUCGUACACUUCGUUUAUGGGAUGUCGAGACGGGGGCGGAGGUUGGAGAACAACUACAAGGGCGCGACGACUUGGUCACCUCCGUCGCUUUCUCGCGAGAUGGGAGGCGCAUGGUAUCAGGUUCGGCGGAUUGUACCGUUCGCUUAUGGGAGUUCGCGACUGAAGUACCUGUUGGAGGCGGAAUACGAUAG